AUGCUCGCCCUCCGCCCCCGCCUCGCCGUGUCCGCCGCUGCCGCCGCCCGCCUGUCCGUCCGCGCCCCGCUGCACGCCUUACGCGCUCGGCCGUUCUCGUCCACCGCCGCGCGCCUCCGCCCACCGGGCCCCGGCGACCCUCCAUCGCUCGGCGCACGGGUCCGCUCGGUCGUUCGGGUGACACUGUUCCUGCUCGGCUCGACGGUGGUCGGUGUCGGCGUCGUCACGGCCGCGAUCUUCCUGCACGACACGUUCACAUACGUCGAUCGCCACGUCGAUCGCGUCCCGGUCUCGCCGCUCGCGCUGCACCCCGAACGCGGCGGGCCCAAGAACCUGCCCGUCCUCCAGAGCCUCCUCAGCGACAUCGAGGACACCGACAACGAGGCGCUCGUCGCCAAACCCCACCUCGUCAUCGUCGGCGGCGGCUGGGGCGCCAUAGGCGUCAUCAACUCUCUCAACCCCGGCGAGUACCAUGUCACCGUCGUCUCACCAGAGACCUACACUACCUUCACGCCCUUGCUGCCAUCCGCCGCGGUCGGCACCGUCCAGCUUCGGUCCCUCGUCGAGCCCAUCCGCAAGAUCGUCGCCCGUCUCCACGGCCACAUGCUUUAUGCCCGCGCCAUGGACCUUGUCAUGUCCGAACGUCUGCUCGAGGUCGAGACUGAGAGGCCCGAUCCCGAGACAGGCGCUAUCAUCAAGGAGCGCAUAUAUGUCCCCUAUGACAAGCUCGUGAUCGCGGUCGGCUCGACGAGCAGCACCUUUGGCGUGCACGGGCUCGAGCACUGUUUCCAACUCAAGACCAUCGCCGACGCGCGCAACAUCCGGCAGCGCAUCCUCGACAACUUUGAGGCGGCGUCGCUGCCGACGACGUCCCCGGAGGAACGUCAGCGCCUGCUCAGCUUUGUCGUGUGCGGUGGAGGGCCGACGGGCGUGGAGACUGCGGCCGAGAUAUAUGACCUGUGCCAGGAGGACUUGAUGAACUAUUUCCCGAAAGUCUGCAGAGAGCAGGUGUCGAUACACAUCAUCCAGAGCCGAGAACACGUCCUUAACACGUACUCGGAGGCGAUCUCCAAGUAUGUGGAGCGCAAGUUUUUGAACGACCAGAUCGACUUGAUCACGUCCGCGCGCGUGACGGCGGUGUUCCCCGACCGGGUAGAGUACAAGGUCAGGACGCCGGAUGGCAAGACGGAGCGGAAAGAGAUCCCCGCGAACUUUGUGCUGUGGAGCACGGGGAUCGCAAAGAAUCCGUUCACGGAGCGGGUGUCGAAUCUGCUACCGAACCAGGUGCACAAGAAGGCGAUCGAGGUGGAUGCGCAUUUGCGCGUCAAGGGCGCGCCGGUGGGGGAGGUAUACGCGAUUGGCGAUGCGGCGACGAUCGAGACGUCGGUGGUGAGCUACCUGCUCGAGCUCGUGGACGAGGCGGACAAGAACCAGGACGGCAAGAUCGAUUAUGACGAGUGGCAGACCAUCGUGAGACGGAUCAAAAUGAAGAUCCCGAUGGCCGAGGACUCGCUGCAGCAGGUCCGAGAGCUGUUUGAUCUGUACGACACGGAUGCGGACAAUAGCCUCACGCUGAACGAGCUCGCGGUGCUCCUGCAAGAGAUCGGGAAUAAGAUCACUGCGUUGCCGGCGACAGCGCAGGUAGCCUCGCAGCAGGGAAGGUAUCUCGGGAAGAAGCUGAGCAAGCUCGCAAAGCAGCGCGAGACGCUCAUCGCGAACGGGCUCGCGUUCGGGCCUGGCGCAGACGAGGCCGUCUCGCGCCCGUUCAGGUACUUCCACCUCGGCUCGCUCGCGUAUAUCGGGAACGCGGCGGUGUUUGAUCUGGGCAGCACGAGCUUUAUGGGCGGGCUCGCGGCGAUGUACGCGUGGCGGAGCGUGUAUUGGAGCGAGCAGGUGAGCUCGCGGACGCGCGCGUUGCUUAUGAUUGAUUGGAUCGUCCGCGGUGUUUGGGGACGGGACCUGUCCCGCCUCUGA